AUGGGCAUUAUCUGGGAGGGGAUUAAUUGGGUUUGCGGGGAGAGAGGUGGGGAGCUUUGCGGUGGUUCUGGAGAAGCAACGGCGGCGUGGGAGGGAGUGGCAGCCGCAGAGGAUAAGGGAUUCAGCAAGGCUUUCUAUUUUUCUCCCAAAUCUUCUUUCUCCCUCCCUGCUCUCUCUUCGCUCUCACUCUCUUCUUUUCGUGUGUCGCUGCCCAGCCACCGCCAACAAAAGCAAGCAGUGACAACCAGUUGCCGGAGUAGAUUUGCGACAGGACAUGAAUCUACUUGGAAAGAAGAUUCACUGGAAAUUGCGAUUCUUUGA